UUCUUUACCAGAUGAUUGAAGGAAUUUGGAGUCAUUCCUUUCAGCCCUGCUAGUUCUCAUUCAACAACCUAUCCAAAGAAAGCUAUGCAGUACAGAUAGUGCUACCAGAGGUACAUUUUAGCCCCACCUUUUGGAUAGUUAUGUCCAAGUGUAUGGGUUCUCAGAUGCCAAAAUCUGUGAGAUUUGGAGGUUACCCAUACAAAAGCAGACUGUCUCCAGGGUCAAUAUUGGAAAGCAUAGAGACAAGAUUUUCAAGUAUUUCUGAUUGGUUUAGAAGAAUAAUUACAAUCUUAGGCUUCAAGCAUUCAGGUGAUCAGUCAGCAAAGAAACCAAAAUUUUGGAAGAAAAUUCUUGAUCCACAUAAGCAAUUUCUUCAGCAAUGGAACAAGAUAUUUGUGCUCUCCUCUGUCAUAGCAGUAGCUGUGGAUCCUCUCUUCUUUUACGUCCCAGUGCUCGAUGGAAAAGAUCAAUGCCUAACCAUGGACCGACAACUUAUGAUCAUUGCUUGUGUUCUUCGUUCAUUCAUCGACUUAUUUUAUCUACUCCACAUGAUCUUUGAAUUUCGAACCGGUUAUCUCCCCCCAUCUUUACCGGUUUUUGGAACUGGUGAAUUAAUCAAAGAUCCAGCAAAAAUAGCAAAGAAAUAUCUUUUCUCAAACUUCUUGAUCGAUUUCUUAUCCAUUAUCCCAUUACCUCAGCUUUUGGUAUUAGUAAUCAUACCUGCAGCGAAAGGCCCUAUUCCCUUGAAAACGAAGGAUGCCAUGAAAAUGGCAAUUCUUUUGCAAUAUAUUCCAAGACUUCUCCGAAUAUAUCCACUAUACAGAGAAGUAACCAGAACUUCUGGCAUACUGACAGAAACAGCUUGGAGUGGAGCUGCCUUCAAUCUCCUCAUUUAUAUGCUAGCUAGUCAUGUAGUUGGUGCCGUUUGGUAUUUGUUAUCAAUAGAACGACAAGCCAAAUGCUGGAUCCAAGCAUGCAAGGAAGAUGACAUUAACUGUACUGGAGAGUUUUUGUACUGUGGAACUCAUAAAAGGAAUGCGUACCCAUCUAUAAACAAGACUUGCUUUCCUAAAGAGUCUGAGGACGGAAAAGACGGCUUUGAGUUUGGGAUAUAUGCUGAAGCCCUUAAGUUUAACUUAACCGAUACUAUGAGUUUUCGCCGUAAAUUCUGCUAUUCCUUUUGGUGGGCUCUACGAAAUGUUGGCUCUAGUGGACAAAAUCUUGAAGUAAGCCAUUUCAUGGGAGAGGUUUUUUUUGCUGUCUUCAUUGCCAUCCUUGGUUUGGUUUUAUUCGCGUUUCUCAUUAGCAAUAUUCAGAAAUAUCUGCAGUCAGCAACUGUUAAAAUAGAGCAGAUGAGAAUUAACCGAAGAGAUGCUGAGCAUUGGAUGGCACACCGUAUGCUCCCAGACGAGUUGAGGUAUCGUAUUCGACGAUAUGAUCAGUACAAAUGGCAGCUAAAUAGAGGAGUUAAGGAAGAGGAACUCAUCAGUAACUUUCCUAAAGACCUCAGAAGAGACAUCAAACGCCACCUUUGCUUGGCCCAUCUUAAGAAAGUGCCACUUUUUAGCAGCAUGGAUAAACAACUGUUGGACGCAAUGUGCGAAUAUCUUAGGCCAGUGUUAUUCACAGAGAAGAGCUUCAUUAUGCAAGAGGGUGACCCAAUUGAUAUGAUGCUAUUUAUCAUGAAAGGAAAGAUGGCUACCAUUAUUGGUUGUGAUUGGAAAAACGACCUGUACUCGGACACUCUUAAUGCUGGCGAUUUCUGUGGUGAAGAGCUAGUUCAUUGGGCAAUGGAUCCCACCACUAACCCUUCUUCUCUUCCCAUUUCAAAAAGAACAGUUGAAACUCUAACUGAGGUUGAAGCCUUUGCUCUAAAGGCUAAUGAGCUGAAAUUUGUAACCAGUCAGUUCCACUCCCAGCAACUCAAUAGCAAGUACUUCCAAUUCUCAGUGAGGUUCUACUCUCAUCAAUGGAAAGUUUGGGCAGCCUACAAAAUACAAGAAGCUUGGCACGAUUACCGCGAAAGAAAGCGGAGGGGGGGUGGAGAAGGUAGAUUUCAAGAUGCAUUGGCUGAAAUAGUUGGCCCCUGGACGAGCUUUAACGCCACCCUAUAUGCAUCCAUAUUCAUAUCCCAUCUACUGCAGGUGGUGCAGAGAAAUCCCCAGCACACUCCCCAAUUCACACGAGUGAUGACUCUACCGCCACCCCCGAAGCCAGAAGAUGAGCAAAACAACCCAAACUUCACCAUCUUGGAUCAUUAAAAUAAACUGUUUCAAGCUCUUUAAUCUUCUAUAAACUGAGUUUUAGGUGCAUGGCUUCUCUGUGUGAUAUGUGAAUCAUGUAUGAUAAUCAACAAAAUGCUUUUCCUCUCGCUUGGUUUCAUGUUUCAUUUUCUUUUCCUUACUCUACUAAGUUCAUUCACUAAAUCGGAACUUAAUGAAGCAUCAUCAACAAAUUCCAUUUCAAGUAAAGUUUUCCAGUUUUCUGUUUGAUA